AAAAACCUUGAAGUUUAAGAACCAGUAAAGCAAAAGCAACAGAUUUUAGCUUAAGAGAGUUGUACAUUGGCGAAAGAAGGAAGAAUGGAUAAAGCGAUUAUAAAUCUGGAAGAAGGUACAACAUGUACUGCAUGGAAUUAUUCGGGUCAUAGAUUAGUUGCGGGUUCAAGUAAUGGAUCUUUAUCCGUAUUUGAUUCUACUGACCCGGCUUCAUCCGUUUUCAAUUGCUCCUCUAAAUUCAAGGUGCAUGAAUCCAGCACUGUAAAAGUUGUUUGGGCUCCACCAGAAUAUGGGGAUGCAGUUGCAUGCAUUUGUGCUGAUGGAAGUUUGUUGUUGUGGGAGGAGGUAGUUGAAGAUUCAGAGCUGCCUCAGUGGAAACUGUGCAAACGCUUUGACAGAAUCUCAUCCCAAGUUCUGGAUGUUCAGUUUGGAGUCUUCCAUACAAGUCUGAAACUGGUUGCUGCGUAUUCAGAUGGUCAAGUGAAAGUGUUUGAGCUCCUAGACCCAUUUGACUUGAAGAAUUGGCAGUUGCAGGCUGAAUUUCAGAAUGUCAUUGAAUCUUUAUCUAAAUUUGGAAAUGUUUCAUGCAAAUCGGCUUCUAUUGCUUGGAAUCCCUUUAAAGGGGAACUCCAGCAAUCAAGCUUUGUUUUGGGUUUUGAUUCUGAUGUGCCGCAACUGAACUCCUCCAAGGUUUGGGAAUUCGACCAGGAUCAUCAGAGAUGGCUUCCAGUUGCAGAAUUAGCUUUACCUGAAGAUAAAGGUGAUCCAGUCUCUACUGUUGCAUGGGCACCAAAUAUUGGAAGGCCGUACGAGUUGAUAGCUGUUGCUACUUGCAAGGAAAUUGCGUUAUGGCAUGUUGGAUCAAAUCCUGACCCUGAUGGAAGGCUCUCAGUGGAGAAGGUUGCAAUGCUCUCUACUCAUGACAGCGAGGUAUGGCAGAUGGAAUGGGACAUGAGUGGGAUGACACUUGCUACUACUGGGAGUGAUGGUGUAGUUCGCUUGUGGCAGUGCAACUUGAACGGGGUUUGGCAUGAACAAGCGAUAUUAGAGCCAACUAGCUAGGCCACUUAUGUGAUUUUCGCAUUCAAGCUUGAACAAGGUUCUGUGGUUAUCCAUGUUACUGAUUUAUCAUCAGGCAUAUCAUUUUGCUAAGCCUAGACUUAAACUCGGGUGGAUAGCCUAGAAUUCAAAGCAUAUCCUGCUUCGGCUGUUUCUAUGUGUGGAUAGCCUAGACUUCAUCUCUUGGUUCGUGGGGAUAUGUAAAUUCCGAAUAUGACUCUUCAUAAUCUGACAUUAUGAACUUGUUUGAGCC